AUGACAAGACCAGAAACUAUAAUAUAUGAUUCACCACAAUCACCACCAUAUCCAAUUAAACAAAAUGCAACUAUAAUAUCUGGUUUUGGUAGAGGAUCUUCUGAAUUAGGUAUACCAACUGCUAAUAUCCCAAUAACUCCAGAAUUGAAUAAUUUGGAAUGUGGAAUAUAUUACGGAUGGUGUAAAUUAAAACCAAAUACAAGCAAAAAUGAAACAGAAGAAGAAACAGUUACUGGUAAACAUAUCAUUUUCAAUUAUGGUAAGUUUUUAAAUUCUAAUGAUCUAAAAGUUCUACCUAUGGUUAUGUCAAUUGGUUGGAAUCCAUUUUAUAAAAAUAGAUCAAAAGCUGCUGAAGUUCAUAUAAUAAAUGAGUUUAAUAAAUGUAAGUUAUUUUAUGGUUGUGAAAUUGAGUUUAUAUUAUUGGGAUAUGUUAGACCUGAAUUGAACUAUACUACAAAAGAAGCAUUAAUUAAUGAUAUAAAUAAAGAUAUUGAAAUUUCAAAAUAUAUUUUGGAAAAACCAAAUUAUAAAAAGUUUAAAGAUGAAUUAGAGUAA